UUUUAAUACAACAUUGUCUUUAUUGAUUUAUACGUAACGGUAUCUAUAGUGAGGGACGCAUAAAAAUUUAGAUGUUUAUACUCUGACGUCCAGACAAAAUAUACUCAUCAUUAAUUUCAAUUGAGCUACAUUCAAUUUAGUUUAUUAUCAGACUCACCAACUAAGAACUCAGUCUUAUCUAGCAAUCAGAUAAUAUAUGUAGUGCGAGCGCUCUCAAAUAAUUUAUUUACAUAAUAAAUCAUUGUGAAAUUGCUUCCUUAAUAAGUGGUUUAUAAAUAUAAUAUUAAUUUACAGUGUUUGUUAAUAAGUGAGAGUGAAUAUGUAAACUUAUUAAUGUACGGUGUAAAUGGUGUGUAAACUUAAUGUAGAGGUAAAUUAGUGAAAAAUCGUUUGUAAACGAAUGUGAAUGAACUUGUAAAUUUCAUGUAAAUAAAUAAAAAAACGAAGUGUUUGUUUGUGUUAAACGUUUGUGGUAAAUUAAAAGUGAAUUUAUAAUUAUAGAAUGAUAAUAUAAAGUGUCGAGUGGAAAUGUGUUUAUUAAACUCGGUAUAUAAAACUAUUAAAUCUUCAAUGAUAUAAGUAUAAAAUCAUGAAAAGAUUGUGAAAUUUAAUAUUAACGUUCAUAAAUAAUUUUCAUAGCUAGUACUCAUAAACCUGCAUUGUACUGUGAGUGUCUUGUCUACAUAAAACUCUCAAAGUGACAAUAAAUCAUGUUGGCAGCAAAGAAACUGAUCGUCUACAUUGGUAUCCCGCUGGUGGCGUUACUGGUUGUGGUGGGGAUUGCUUUAGGAUUCAUAUUUUAUUACAAAGACCCUGAAGCCAGUCCAGUGUCUUCAAGGAAGAAACUGGUGAUAGAUCAUGAUGGUGGUGCUGAUGAUGCCUUCGCAGUUACUUUGAGCUUGCUCAAUGAGAAGUAUUUUGAUGGUCCAGAACUAGUGGCCUUAACAACAACAUUCGGAAAUGUGAACCUCACGCAAGCAAUUAUCAACAGCCAUCGGUUUCUGGCACUCUGUGAUAGGGAAGAUAUACCAAUAUACUCAGGUGCUCAUAAAGCUUUUGUAUCGGACAUGGUAUCUGAUAACUUUUAUGGAAUGGACGGGUUAGGAGACACUGGCUAUGAAGCUCCAUCGACAAUAGAAAUCGAAAAGAAUCCAGCUGCCGUGGCUCUCAUAGAACUCUCAGAGUUAUAUGAAGGCGAACUGAUAGUAGUAGCUAUUGGUCCAGUCACCAACAUAGCAUUGGCUGCACGACUGGAUCCUGACUUCAUAGGCCGGCUGUCGCAGUUAUACGUGGGUGCAGGCCAUGUUCACAGUGAAACUCAUUCUGAACCCGAAUUCAAUGCUGCCAUGGAUCCUGAAGCGUACUACAUAAUGGCAGACAGUGCUGCAGCUGACAAAGACUGGCGUGAAAAUGUUUUGGGAAAAAUUGAGACACCUAUCAUGGAAGCUCUGAACAUGUUUGAACGAAUAUCGUUUUCCAAAGAAAGCUCGUGGACCCAACUAGACCCGGCUGUGGCGUCCAUUGCACUACACAAUGAAAUCGUCGAUGAGUUCAAAUAUUCAAAUAACAGCAUUAUUUUGCAAGGUGAAAGUCGUGGUAUCAACACAAAUGACUUCUCCUCAUCAGAACUUAAUACAAGAUUAAUACCAAUAUACUCAGGUGCUCAUAAGUCUUUUGUAUCACACAUGGUAUCUGAUCACUUUUACGGAAUGGACGGGUUAGGAGACAAUGGCUAUGAAGCUCCAUCGACAAUAAAAAUCGAAAAGAAUCCAGCUGCCGUGGCUCUCAUAGAACUUUCAAAGAAAUACGAAGGAGAACUGAUAGUAGUAGCUAUUGGUCCACUCACUAACAUAGCAUUGGCUGUUCGACUGGAUCCCGACUUCAUAGGUGAAACUCAUUCUGAACCCGAAUUCAAUGCUGCCAUGGACCCUGAAGCGUACUACAUAAUGGCAGACAGUGCUACGGUUAAAAAAGUGACAGUUUUACCAUUUUCUCAAGUUUACAGCACGCUAAAUGUCUCUAAAGAGUGGCGUAAAAAUGUUUUGGGAAAAAUUGAUACACCCAUCAUGGAAGCUCUGAACAUGUUUGAACGAGUAUCGUUUUCCAAAGAAAGUUCGUGGAUCGAACUUGACCCGGCUAUGGCUGCCAUUGCACUUCACAAUAAAAUCGUCGAUGAGUUCAAAUAUUCUAAUAACAGCAUUAUUUUACAAGGUGAAAGUCGUGGUAUCAACACAAAUGACUUCUCCUCAUCAGAACCUAAUACAAGAUUAGUUUACAAAGCGAAUAUUGAAUACUAUCAAAAGUUCCUGUUAGACGUGUACUCUGCUGAAUUGAAUCCUUAA